UUGUAUUCAGCUGUAUGAAAUGGCGACCGCCUGGAUCGCGCUGUUGGGGCUUCUGUGUUUACCCGGAACUCAUCAAGACUACCUUCCAAACUGGCAGUCACUAGACUCUCGACCUUUGCCGGUAUGGUAUGACCAGGCGAAAAUUGGAAUCUUCAUGCACUGGGGUGUAUUUUCAGUACCCAGUUAUGGCAGCGAAUGGUUCUGGUGGAAUUGGAAGGGAGCGAAAUAUCUUGGUUAUCAGAUCUUCAUGGAGCAGAAUUACAGACCAGGAUUCACCUAUGCGGACUUUGCUCCCAUGUUCAAGGCGGAAUUUUACGAUCCCAUUCAGUGGGCUAAAAUUUUGAAGUCUUCUGGAGCACGUUAUGUUGUGCUGACAAGCAAGCAUCAUGAAGGCUUCACCAACUGGCCGUCUAAAGUUUCCUGGAACUGGAAUUCCAUGGACACAGGACCUCACAGAGAUCUUGUUGGUGAAUUAGCAGCAGCCAUUCGGAGUGAGACAGACAUGCACUUUGGCCUGUAUCAUUCACUGUUUGAGUGGUUCCAUCCUCUGUAUCUGCAGGACAAAGCCAAUAAUUACACCACACAGAUGUUUGUAAAGACUAAAACCAUGCCAGAGCUGCAUGAGAUCAUUAAUGCUUACAAACCUGAGCUCUUGUGGUCAGAUGGAGACUGGAUGGUAACAGAUACGUACUGGAAUGCAACACAGUUUCUAGCCUGGCUCUACAAUGAGAGUCCUGUAAAGGACACGAUUGUGGUGAAUGAUCGCUGGGGAAAGAAUAUCCGAUGUCACCAUGGAGGCUACUUCAAUUGUGAUGACAAGUUUAACCCAGGUGUCCUGCAGAAACAUAAGUGGGAGAAUGCAAUGACUCUGGACAAGUACUCGUGGGGUUUCAGGCGCAAUGCUCACCUGGCAGACUACCUCACCAUGGACGAUCUCACUGACAUACUGGCAGAGACCAUCAGUUGUGGUGGUAACUUGUUGGUGAACAUAGGCCCGACAGCACAUGGAACGAUUGUCCCGAUAUUUGAGGAGAGAUUAGGCCAGCUGGGACAGUGGUUAGGUGUCAACGGGGAAGCCAUAUACUCCUCAUUUCCGUGGACUUUCCAGAAUGACACUCUCACACCACGUGUCUGGUACACAGCAGCAGAUGUACAGAUGAAGAGAAUGGUCUACGCCAUCGUGCUGGACUGGCCCCAGAAUUCUACCCUAUCUCUUGGAGCUGUGAGUCCUACCCCCACUACUCAGGUUACCUUACUGGGGUAUUCAGGGACCUUCUCCUGGAAGAAAGGCCCUGGAGACGGAAUCACUAUUGUCAUUCCCCCUAUUCCAGCUAACAGAAUGCCUUGUAAGUGGGCCUGGGUGUUCCGGUUUGAAGGCUUGGAGGUGUGAUUGGGGAGGAAUGUCAGAGUAGCGGUACUUCAUGUGGCUUGCUGUGAGGACAUCCACAUUGUAGGGAUGUGUCAAGCUUUAUUAUGCAUCUAAUUGUUACUCAUAACUCAAUCUGAUGUUCAGGUUGCAUUGUUACCUCCCUUUUUAUGAUUGAGUGAAGUUGAAUUGCGAAAGAUGAUACAUUUUAUUGCAAUUCACGAGGAUGGUUGGGCCGAUUCUUUUCUCCACAGCAGUUUCAAAUUUAUGUAACCAUUUAGAGAAGAUAUUGAAAAUUAACUGAUGUACAUUGAGAAAAUACAAUGUGAAUCAUUUUGUAAAAGUUUGUGGAUGAUGUAAAUUGUAAAGAUUUGGCCACUUGAAACAACUGUGUCAGUAUUGUGUGUCUUUAACAUUCCAUUUGCCUUGUGUUAUAUGUAUUGAACAUGUUACAUAUUAAUACUCUCUAACACUAAAUUGUUUCAAACAUCUAAAUACUAUAAAUCAACAGAUUUGUCAAGAUUUCUCAUUGAUAAAAUGC